AUGAUUGAGGGCACCCUGAUCCACUGCCUGAUAGAAGACAGGUAGAUUACUUUGGUGAAUUUCAUGAUAAAAGCCAAACUUGUAUCUGCCCGUCAGCCAGAGAUGCUGGAGUUUCUCAAAGAAUACUCAGAUCAGUUCUCUGAGAUACUCAGAUGAGAUUCAGCACACCUGAAUCAGGUAUUUAGAUUGAAACUUAAGGUUCUUGAUCCUGAGGCCAACAUCCACAACUCUAUCAGCAAAUGGGGUCCCCAGACUACAGAUAGACUAGCAGACCCAAAGGCAGGACUUCUGGCCUUUGUCCUAGGCAGCAUCCUCCUGAAUGAAAACUGGGCAAGACAAGCCUCUAUUUGGGGCCAGCUUAAAGUUGAUUUGUUGGAUGAGCUUCAGAGGGUCAAUAACCUCUUUGAGAUCACAAAAAAUCUCCUCACUGUUGACUUUGUGGAUAUGCAAUUCUUGGAGUACAGGUUGAUGUGUGGUUCAAAUCCCCUCAAAUUGAAAAUUUUGUGGAGUCCUGAACCCAACAGAGAAAUCCUACAGAUGAAAGCACUGAAGUUUGUGGUGGAGGUUCAUGAUGAAGAACCUCAGAUCUGGCUAAAAGGCUGCAACAAGACCCUGCAAGGGAAUAGUCUAAAAAGAAGCAAGUCUGCUGGAUUAGAGUUACAUUCAGAGAACACCAAAGGUGAUAAGGCAAAUGAUUUGGUCCAGUCAACCAUUAGUGUCACUAAAGAGUUACUUACUGUAUAUCAGGAUGAUUUAUUGGCUCUAUCCAGCAAAAUAUUCAAAUAUGUGUUCUCAAAUAUCUUCAGCAAAACUUCUCUAAUUCUUGAUCUGUUUAUUGGGCUCUAUCUGAUUGAGGUUUACGUCAAUGAGCCCAUCUAUUUCGUUGUCCAGCAACCAGAAUCAGUAGAAGAGCAAGUAAUGUGACAGAGCCUGGGGAUACCCACUCAGGAAUAUGUGAUCCCAAACCUGGGUUUGAUUUUCCUGAUUGUCACCUGUGUCAAGAAGAACAGUAUCUGAAUUUGCUUCAGAGAUUUAGAGAGAAAGAAUACCAUCACUUGUAUGUUUAUGAGACAGCAAUCCUUGUAAUGCAGGCCACUGUUUUACUCUAACAUGAAAAAUGAGCUUCUGUAGGAUCCUUGAACUUAUCUGAAAACCACCAAAAUGAAAGCCUUGUAGUAUAUGGCCAGGAUCUACAGGAAGUGACCACAGGUCUGACCAGAGCAAUAUGAGGAAUUAGUGGAAGAUGAAGUCAGAACCAGAUAUGAAGCAACUGCCAUGUUCUUCUUUGGCUCCAUGUGAAGUUUAGAAAAGAUUGUGAAUGGUAUUUACUAAAGCUGUCUUGAGGCAGUGGGCAUUGGAGCUCAAAAUCAGAAGUGAGGGAGUGUUGGUAGC